GAAAAGUGCAGACUUCUUCAAAAAAGAAAAAUAAGCACUUAUCCUGAAAGAAAGAAAGAAAAAAACAGCACUUUUCAUUAUCCAUUCUCUCGCUCUCCCUCCCUAAUGUGGACUCAUCAACUGCUACAACCACUGCCGCCCCACAAUCUCUUCUUCAACUCUUAUUCACCUUCAAAUCUUACAAAAUUUCCAUCUUUUGUAAAAUUGAAUUCGACCCAUAACACAAAAAAUCACAAUGGAACUGUGAACUCAACAAAAAUAACUUUGGAAGAGCUUCCUCCAAACGCGCUUCAAAUGGAGAAAGAAGCAGACUGGAUAUGUGGGUUCUCCCUUGGUAUCGACUUGGGAAUGGCUCGUACUGGUCUUGCUCUCAGCAAAGGCUUCUCUGUUCGCCCUUUAACAGUUUUGGAACUUCGAGGACAAAAACUUGAACUCCGGAUUAUGAACAUUGCCGAACAAGAGGAAGCUGAUGAGUUUAUAAUUGGACUUCCAAAAUCUUCUGAUGGAAAGGAAACAACACAGUCAAAAAUAAUCCGUAGUAUUGCCGGAAGGCUUGCUGUUCGAGCUGCUGAGAGGGGUUGGAGAGUAUAUCUACAGGAUGAAUAUGGGACGACAACAACCGCCAUGGAUCGAAUGAUCGACAUGGGCUUGAGUAAGUCUGCAAGGCAGAACAAACUUGAUGCCUAUGCUGCCACGAUGCUACUUGAGAGAUAUUUCUCCACAUCAGGUCAGAAAACUGAACUUGUUGUGCCCAAGAAUCUUGAACUACAAGGAAAACUUAGAAAGGGUCCUCCCAAAGAUGAAGAUUUUUUCUCUGAUGAUGAUGAUUUUUUCCCUGAUGAAGAUUAAUCACAGAAGAAGGAGUUUGUACCAUUCCAUCAUUCACGUUUACUAAUUUCAAGUACGCGCAAGUAAGUUGCGAGAAAAGGGAGAAAUAUUCCAACAAUCGGUAAUCAACAUAACGAUGUUUGGAUAUCCGUUACAACUUCAAAUUAUAGGAUGUAUGUAUGCUGGCACCACACUCAAAAUAAAAAGAGAAAAUUAUAUGGAAAACAAUGUGUCAAAAGGUGAGUUAACAUUUUUUUAUGCAAUAGUAGAAAUGGUAGAUAUUGUUAGGGUAGGUUAUUGCAAAAUCAACAUUUGAAGUUUUGAACUUGUCUUAAUGGGAAGUUUUUGUGUCUUUUGUUGACAAUUUUAAUAGACUGUUUGUGACUGUAAAGAUAUCUUAGUUGAUUUGAUUAGUUCAACUGAGUAACUUCCAAUCAACAAAGUGAAUUUCUGAAGGUUUUUUUUUUCCCUGCA